GUUUACAUGAUAAACGAUUAAAGACAGACAGCUCGCGCACCAUAAACUAUACUAUCAUAAAAUAACAAUUAUUUAUUUGAGAUAAGACUAUUAUUUACAAUGAACACUAUUUUUAAGGAACUUGAUAUAUCCUAGCAAUAACUCACAGGGGUACAGCAGUUACCUAAUUUAGUCGAUUGCAUAUUGGGAAACUUUAAAGUGAUGUCCUUCUUUUAUGUGUGAAUCAAAUAUGUAAAUCACUGGCACAACACUACUUCCUAAAUUCCUUCCUCAUCAAAUGAUUUGACGUUUGGUCGAUCGCGCCGCAUUUAGCUCCGUGUUAUUAUUGUUUUGUAAUUUUGCCGUGUAGAGUUUAGCAUUUAAAAAAGUAACAUGCUUAUCCUUGUAUUUAAUUUCAAGUUGUUUUUAAAAUCAGUGUUUUUCUAUUGAGUUACAGUUCAAAUCUUUAUUUACAAAAUAUAAUAUAGCAGCAAAUAUUUUAAUUUUUAAUUUAGAAAAAUACUGUAAAGUUUGGCUAAUUCAAUAAUUUUAUUACGAUGGAUAGUUACGAGCCGCAGAAUAAAACCAUUGGUUUAUGGAUGUCUGACAAAAAGAGUCAGAAACAUAACUGGAAGGAAUUUAUAAAGGCGUGUGCUUCUCAUGGAUACAAUUUAGUAAGAUUGGAUUUGGAUAAAUCAUUAGAGGAACAGGGACCAAUUAAUGUGUUCCUUCACAAAUUAACUGAUGUCAUUGCUGCUGCUGAUUAUGGGGACCCAAAGGCAUCAAUAACCAUUAGUCGAGUGGAACAGUACCUGUCAAAUCAUCCGAAUAUAACAGUUAUCGAUCCUUUGGACAAUGUCAGGAUAUUACUUAAUAGAUAUUGUUACUACACAAUCCUACAAGACGAGCCAUCGCUUCGUAAACAAGGAAUAUUCACUCCAUCCUUCGCAGAAUUUACCACAGCUAAUAUAGAAAUGAACAUGGAGAUCAUGAGACAAAGAGGUGUCAAGUUCCCGGUCAUCUGCAAGCCAACCAUAGCUCACGGAUCUAAGUCGGCCCACGAUAUGAUUGUGAUAUUCAAUGAGAAAGGGUUGCAUGUAUGCAAGCCUCCCUGUGUUGUACAGAACUUUGUCAACCAUAAUGCAGUAUUACAUAAAGUUUUCCUAAUAGGAGAUAGGUACCACAUUUGCGAGCGACCUAGCCUAAAGAACUUCUACGCAUCAGAUGAUCUAGAACCAAUUUAUUAUAGUACAGGCGAGGUUUGUAAAGCAGAUAGUCAAUCUACACUUUCAAUCUUAGACCCUCACGAUAAGGCCGAUAUUACAAUGACGCUAAACGAGGACAAGAUCAAAACUAUCAUAAGAAUAUUAAGAAAGAGGAUAGGGUUGCUUUUAGCUGGGUUUGAUGUAGUUAUUGACAAUGUGACUGGUGGACAUGCAGUCAUUGAUAUCAACGUGUACCCAAGCUACGAUAAUUUCCCAAAUUUCUUUGAACACCUACUAGAUUCUAUAGAAGAGGCUGAAGGCAGAAAAGCGAAUAAAGUAUACUCGAAUGGAGAUUGCAACGGUGUGUACGAAGAAGAAUAUUUAGGCCACAAGGUAAACGGUUUAAUUAAUGUUGGAAUGGAUCCUAUAAAAUUCGGUGUAACCGGUAUGAAUAUUAAUUGAUAUAAUAUGGUCAAUGUGUUGAACACUAAUGUAUUUAUCGAUAUUGUUAUUGGAUUUAAAUGACUGCUUUUAUGAGUCAUGUGUGAGUGUGAUUAUGAGCAGACACGCUACUUACUUAUCACAAAGUUGCUUUGGCGAAAUGUUUCGGUUUAAGAUGAAGGCGACUCUUACCGGGAAUUAUAGUCAUGAAUCAUAGCAAUUAAGUAUGUACUACAUCAUAAAUCAAUAACACUAAUUUUGAAACUUCGCUAUAUGAGUUCAAGAUUUAUUAGCUCUAUACCUCGUUACGUAGUACGGUCGUCAAAAAGCAAUACAGUAUUGUGAUAGUUGCCAAAUCGCCAAAUAAAAAGUAGCGUGUCCACUCACAAACCAAAAUAUUGUUACAAUUUGUUUUAAAUGUUAUGUAAAAAACUUAUUUUUGUACACGAUGUAUAAUAUGUUAUAUUUUAUGCACGCUUAUAUUGAGUAUUUAAUCAGAUUCUUUUAUUUUCUUAGAUAAUAAUUUUAAAGGCAAUAUUAGGGUGAUUAUAUUACUGAAGUGAGCAACUUUGGUUUGAAGUUUUUGAGAAUGGAACACAGACAAUGAUGGUAGUAAAGAAUAAUGUGACGUAAACGUAACGUAAUACAGUUGUUCUUUCAAGUUUUCGGCAAAAGGUUUUAAACACCUUGUGUAAUAGUAUAGUUGUGUUAUUAUACUGUUGAGUAAACGUGACUGCAAUUUAUUCAGCGUUUGACAUCAUAUUAUUGUAUUAGACUCUUAUGAGUUGAGUGAGCGCAACUGUGACUACGAACUUAUGAGUCUCUGGAUUCAUCAAUACUCGGCUCCGUGUAAAAGUUCAGUACAGUUUUGAGAAAUCAAUUUAAUGACUACUCAUAGUUUGAUGAGGAAAUAUGAUGUCAUGUCGUGGUAACCGUCUAUGAGAUGUCAUGUUAUAUUAUAUCACUAGAACACAUCAAUUGAUUGUUGAAUCUAUUAUUGACUUAUCGCUUAUGUAUAAUUCAAUUAACGCCUUUCACAACCAGAUGACACGCAGAUACAUUUGUUCGACAGUAUCUAUACACAAAUACACGUAUUACUGUGUAGUUUCGUGUGAUGACACGUUUCAAUCUGUUAUACGUAGAUGGCAGCACUAUCGUGAAUAAGUCGUUAACACAAUCUCGAAUAUUGUUUUUAGUUAAAAGUAACAAAGGAUUCCUAUGGGCAAUAAAUUCCUGUUGUUUAUUAAGUAUUCAAUAUUCCAUAAGUUUAGUAGGUAAGUCAACCGCCAGCCCAUCAAGCUACCCAUUUCUUAGAUGGAAUUUCAGCUUUAUUAAAUUGGAAUUGAGUUGAAAAUCGUUUGGAGUAAUUUGACUGGCGUGUAUCAAGUGAUUAAUUACUAUGUUUUUCGGCUUACUCGCGUAAUUAUUCGACGACGAACUCAACUACUGUCAAGCCAUUCUUGAGGCUUAUAUUCAUGAGCAGCAUUCCGCGACCCGCGACGCGGCGGCUCGCGCUGCUACUGGAAUAAUUACGUGAGU